AUGCGCAAAAGAUUGGGAGCCUUUCAUGCAGAGUCUAUUGAAUAAUACAUUCAAUUAUCAUAGCAUAAAUAAGAACUGCAGAACAAAUAUGAAGUAAAAGAGAUGUGUCCUCAUGCUUACCAAUAUGAAGAAAUUGAUAAGGACACAAAUGUAUUAUUUGGCAAAGAAUCUAUUUAGACAUCGACCAAAGAGGAGGAAAUUGAUUAGAAGGAAUAUUGCAGUAUCAAUGUUUUAAUCGUGGAUAAUUGUGACCAAAUAGAUGAAAUAUUUAAAUAUUGCAAUACUCCUAGACAACCAAGAUCACAUUAUCAUCUAGAAUAUUGUUCCAAAGUAGAAUCAACAAAUUCAAAGGAAAAUCAUUUUCACUUUUGGAUUAUUAACUAAGAAUCCUCAAAAUAUUAAGAGCUAAUUAAUGGUAUAUCUUAGAAACAAUAAAUAGUGUAUUUUAGUAUUGCUGAUAUAUAUAUCUAUUUAUAUCACAAAUCCUUUGAACCAAAGUUCCAGUCAUUCACAGAGAAGGUUAAGUCCCUUAACAAAAAAGAAAACAAAGUCAUCUAUAAAAUUGUUAAUAAUAAAAGAAUUAGUAGUAUGAACAACUUUUAAGACAAGGAAUAGGUGAGAGAGAUUACACUAUAAAGUCUAGGGGAAGUAAUAAAAAGAGUAAAAGAUCAGUAUUUUUGA